CGAACGUAGUUUAGGUUCUAGUAACCCUAAACUCUAUACAAAUCAGGGAAAAAGUAAGAGAAAAAACAUUAACACAAUAUAGGUCAUUAGAGUGUGUUUGGUCAGAUGGGGGAGAGGAAUCCAUUUAUUUUCUUCCUUGCUUCACAUUUGUUCAUCUCCCGAGUGUUGUCAAGGACUAUCAUAACCAUAGAGAACAAAUGUGAUCAGACUGUGUGGCCAGUAAUCUACUCAUGGAACUCGCAAAUCACCACCACCGGCUUCACCCUCAAAACAGGGGAGGCCCGUGACAUCAACGCGCCUUCGUCGUGGUACGGUAUUAUUUCCGGUAGGACGCUUUGCUCCACCGCCGCAGGAAAUUUCUCUUGCGUCACUGGAGACUGCGACUCAGGAAAAAUCGAAUGUUCUCUUGAUGAUUACGGUUGGUCUCCGGUGACUUACGCCUACUUCAGAUUCGAUAACAAAGGCGGUUCCGACAGCUACACCAUAAGUGUCGAAUACGGUUAUAAUCUUCCAAUCGUGGUGAUCCCGUCGCAAAAUACUAGCACAUGUAUCCCCGCCGGUUGUGUGGUUGAUGACCUGAACAAGACUUGUCCAGAGGAUCUUAAGACGUUCUCGGGAGAUAAGCUAGUAGCUUGUAGUAGCGCGUGUCAAGAAUCCGGUGAGCCGGAGAUUUGUUGCACCAAUGAUUAUAAGUCCAAAGAAAAUUGCAAACCGACAACGUACACGAACAACUUCGAGAGUGCGUGUCCACGUGCUUAUGUCUAUGCUUACGACGAGUAUGUCAGUACUUUCACUUGUCCAAACUCAACUGAUUACGUCGUCACGUUUUGCGCUUCUUCAUUGAUUCUCAACAACACUACUAACAGUUCAAUGUACUUCCCAGAUUGAAUCUAUGAAGAUCUCGAGAGGAAAGAAACCAUGAAAUAUUUCGGAGAUCAUAUAGUCGAAGAAGAAGAGAAGAUAGUGAAGAAAAUGGCAUUGGUGGGAUUGUGGUGUAUCCAGACCAAUCCAUCAGAUC